AUGACCAGCUCGAUACAAGCAUCAUCUACUUCCAAUGUUGAAACUACAAGAACAAGUCUGCCCAGUGCCUCCACUACCAACGUUUUCACAACUCUUUCACCAUCGCCAGUGACUUCCAUAUCUGCAAGUGAACCUGCAGAAUCCACCAAAUCUACUGUAUCAACAGCAACUAUCAAUGUUCAAACAACAUCCACUGUAAACCCAUCUCAGGUCACAAUCAGUACUCCGGGAACAUCAAGUGCAACUUCCACAAUGUCUCCAAUUACCACACCUUUGACAAAUAAUAAGCCACUUUUUACAUCAAGCAGUAUAGUUACACCAACCACAAAUUUAUCCCCAGUGUCACAUCCUCCAACUACGUUUUCUACAUCACGGACCACGACUCCAAAGCACAGUAUACAAACAGUAACAUCAACUGUUAGCACCAUAAUCACAACUAAUGUGAUGACACCCACUUUCCCAUUUACAUCUGCUGUUAACCCUUACCCAAAUACUCCAGUUACAAUCCAUACACCAUCCUCCUCCAGCAUGAAACCAAAUGAAUUGUCAACAAAUGUGCUAACUUCAAAGGCUUUGACAUCGGCUGAAAUCAUCACAAACACUUUUACAACUGUCAGUCAUUCAGCACUAACUAGCAUCCCCCUGUCAAAUGCGACUAUCACCGGGACAACACCUCAGUGCAGAGAUGAGGACUGUCAGUGCAUCGGCGGUAUCUGUAUAUACAACACAACACUUGGACGAUGUAACUGCGUCUGUCAAGAUUUUAUCUACGGUGAUGUCUGCAAUUUUGGAGUAAAUGACACUUCUGCUCAAAUUGAUACCGGAGCAAUCCCAACUCGGAAAGCAAAUCUUACUUUGUCAAUCGGGAUGACUUUCCAGUUAGCUUUUAAUGAUUUAAACUCACCUGCAGCUCUGGAAUUCAUCAACGCAUUAGAACUGCAGCUCCAAGCCCUAUGCAAAGAAGCGGACCCACACAACUUUAAAAAAGUACAAGUCAUCAAGUUAUCAAAUGGAAGCGUUGUUGCAGAGAGUGUGGCUGAGUACAACUAUCCAAAUAAUGAAACCCAAAUCCAGUUUCUCAACACUCAGCUUGAUGCGGUGUUGACUGAUAUCUUGAAUGACACAAGUAACCUAAAUAAGGUUUCUCAGGCCUUUAAUAACAGCAGUGUGACGCUAUAUGAUGUCACUUUCCAACCAACUGAAAUUAAGAAUAUUACAGACCUGAAGCCUUAUGUUAACUGCUCUGGGUUUGCCAAUUACACUGCUGGGAUUAUCAAUGGUCGAUGGCAGUGUAAUGGACCAUGCAAAACAAACGUUGAUUACUGUAAUCAUCAUGGAGAUUGCCUUAAUGACGUUUUCAAAGGGCCAAUCUGCAGGUGCUAUGAGACUAGCCUGGUGCAGUAUUAUGGCCCACAGUGUGACCUCUCCCGUCGGGGUCCAGGUUUCUAUGCAGCUCUGUUCGGAUCACUGGGAGCAGCACUCCUGCUCUUGAUUAUCAUUGUCAUUGCUGUCAUUGUCAAAAAGAGAUAUACAGGAAUGUGGAAAAGGACGGACUCCUACUCAAGUAGACUGUCUGUUUUUGAGGAAGAUUUCUUUGACUUCUCAGAUUCAAGUUAUCGUAACUUGGGAUUUGAAGACAAUUACACAUCAGAGGUUUUUAGUCCAGAUCUAAAAAAGGUUGACACCCAAUUGCAGGUCACAACAGGACGUCCAGAGGUGUUGAACAUCAACCCCUAAAUGAAGGCUACUGACUGGCUACAGUUUUGAUUUUAUUAGAAUACUCAAUAUGAUUUUCCAACUGUAUUUAACACAUGAAAUUACAUAUUACGUAUGAUUACAAUUAUAAGUUAUUUGUUAUUAUAUUAUUUAUAGCUUUAUUUAUGAAAUCUGAAUUUUAAUCAACUGUAUCCUCUUGUGACCUCAUAUAAAACCAACCAUCUAAA